CAAACUUACUGCAUGUAAUUAACUGUGCACACAGCAGUACACAUGUCGUUGAUGGUACACACAUCGUUUACUGAAUAAAAAGCUUUAGUUCAGUCUUCUCCCUAGUUUUCAGCAGUGACAUCAGAACUCAUCCCAAGCCUCAGCAAUGCCUACAGUCAUAGGGUUUGAGGGCAGUGCUAACAAGUUGGGUAUUGGGAUUGUCAGAGACGGAGUCGUCUUGUCUAACCCAAGACACACUUUCAUUUCUCCUCCAGGACAUGGUUUUAUGCCAAGGGAAACUGCUCGACACCAUCAAGCCCAUGCUAUGGACAUUUUAAAAAGGUGUAUGGAGGAGGCAGGACUGACACCAAGUGACAUUGACUGCGUCUGCUACACAAAAGGACCAGGUAUGGCUGCACCGUUAAUCUCAACUGCCAUCGUAGCAAGAACUAUCGCUCAGCUUUGGGAUGUUCCCAUCAUAGGAGUCAACCAUUGCAUCGGACAUAUAGAAAUGGGACGACUGGUGACUGAUUCUAAGAACCCAACAGUGUUGUAUGUCAGUGGCGGCAACACACAGGUGAUUGCUUACUCACAGCAUAGAUAUCGCAUCUUUGGAGAAACCAUCGACAUCGCCGUUGGCAACUGCUUGGACAGGUUUGCAAGGAUACUCAAGUUAUCAAAUGAUCCAAGUCCUGGUUUCAACAUUGAACAAAUGGCCAAAAAAGGCAAGAAGUUUAUAGAGCUUCCCUACACAGUCAAAGGCAUGGAUGUUUCCUUUUCUGGCAUCUUGUCCUUCAUCGAGGACAUUGCUCACAAGAAGCUGAAGUCUGGUCAAUGCACUCCAGAGGAUCUCUGCUUCUCACUGCAGGAGACGUUAUUUGCCAUGCUGGUUGAGAUCACAGAGAGAGCCAUGGCACAUUGUAACUCAAGAGAAGUUCUCAUAGUUGGCGGUGUCGGAUGUAAUGAAAGGUUACAGCAGAUGAUGAGAGACAUGGCUGAAGAGAGGGGAGCAGUGGUUUGUGCGACUGAUGAAAGAUAUUGCAUUGACAAUGGAGCGAUGAUUGCACAAGCUGGCUGGGAGAUGUUUAAAUCCGGUCAGACUACACCCAUAGAGGAAACUUGGUGUACUCAAAGAUAUCGGACAGAUGAAGUGGAGAUAACCUGGAGGGACUGAAGAUGAGGAGUAUACAAGAGCAGCAUCUUAGAUGAUGAGCUGAGGAAACAUCCAGUCAAGAGCUUCAAGGAUGGAGGACUGAUUCAAGAUUGAACGAUCGUCUGUCAUUGAAUCGAAGGCUUAAGGAAGGACUUGAACAAAACCCUUUCUACCCCCCCCCCUUAACGGUGUAUAAUGACAUUGAUAACAUAAUUUGGAACAUCUUGCGUGAGUUUGAACUCGUCAAAAUAACCUGUCUAGCAAUCGGGCCUCAGUUUUUAUUUCUCCACCAUUGUUUGU